AUGGCGGAUCCUUACAACCCUUAUUCGUCAUACCAGUCGCCAACCCCGGGCGGGGUGAGCUACUACCCUCCGGACGAUCAAUCUCACCAGCAAGCAGCAUAUCCAUACCCGCAGCAGCAUCCACAACAGUAUCAGGAGCAGCCGCCGUUUGGAACCACUGAAUAUGGAAGCGCACCACCACCGGACCCAAACUACACUUACGCUCCGCAGCCGAGCCCAUACCACCUCGCACCGGACGGAUAUCAGAACAAUGCAUCGGACAGAAGUUACACGCCGGUAGGACAGCCAGAUUACCUCGGCCCCGUCAGCGCUCCAGGAAUGCCACCCCAGGGUACUGGGAAGGUGCCUGAGAAUAUGGGAUACUAUGACGGACAUCCUGCCGACCAGCCAAGAUACACUCCCUCGCACAGCCCGCAGCCCCCUCCCGUGUACGUCUCUGAGGCGGACAAAGAGCAUACCUCGAAGGAUGGAAACCCUCCCGGAAACGAAGAAGCAGGUCUGGAGGGCGACCGCGGUCUGGGAAGCUCGCUUGCCGGGGGAGCGGCGGGUUACUACUUUGGACAUAAAAGGGACCAUGGACUUCUGGGCGCGAUUGGUGGUGCUAUUCUCGGGAACUUCCUUGAGGACAAGGUGAAGGAUCAUCGACGGAACUCGAACGCGUCUUCCUCUUCGCAUGGCCAUCAUGGACAUGGUCAUCAUCACCACCACCAUCAUCAUCGGCAUAGUCGGAGCCGCAGCCAUUCUCGACACCGCGGAGAAGACGAUUACUGA